CUGACAGGCAAUCAUCAGGCGGACCACCAAACAUGGUGGACAGGUUAACCUAGUGGAAGCUAGGCUACUGAGGGGGCUUAUGCACUUCUUUGGUUGCUUAUGUCAGACAGAGAGGCUUCUGUGUGCGCAGCGGUUUCCAGGCAUAGUGAACUGAAACGGUCCAGACUAUUUUCUCACAUUGACUCAUUGGGGUAUCUGCACUGCUCAGCUUAGAAGUGUAACGAGUCAGGUUGGGCGUUCCUUCGGCCAAAGCAGAGGUUACGCGUAAACACGUCCACUCUUCAAGCAACAGGCAAUAUGGAUCACAUACGGGAUACAGGCAACCCUGCUGCGCUAUCCAUCGUUGUGGCAAUAAUGAUUGGGUUGGUUAGCGUUUGCAUCUUCGCGGCUGGCGUGCUAGCGGUUAUGCAGUACGAGGAGAACAAACAGAAGAAAUCAAAUGAUAUCGCUACCUUGGAGUCCAGGGAAAUGAGAGGAUUGCGACCCAAGGGACAACCCUCAACUUCAUUACCCGCUUCAAAAGCACCAGUCUCCCAAACCACCACUUCCAAGUUCGCUGUACCCACAAAGGCCGGGACUCCAACCGUUCCAACCGUCUGCACCGUGACCUCCUCCUCUCGGCGACGGUUUGGAAACGCCGUAACUGUCGCAACCGCUGCUGCAACGGCCAACGCCAGCGCUAUGGCUGCGGCAACGAUGCCUGUCAAGAUCUCCAGUGGCGGAGAUUGCAGUGGGAAUUGCGGCAGCCGCAGGACAACAGGCGGCGGUACGACAAGCCCGCAUCUUAUGUCAUCCUUGGACUGUACGGACGGGUGCAGCAACAUACUCGACACGAAUGACACGUUGAACUCGAUUGCUUCCAUUGAGGAGGUCCUGGGCAGCGUGGACGCCAGUCAACUUCGGGAGACGCAGGCGCUGCUUGAGAGCUGCCAGUGGGACCUGCAGGAGCUGCUGAGGUGGGAG